UGACAAAUGGUAUUGACUUGACUUUCUGUGUUUACGGCUUUCUUAGAACAAUGAGAUACCUUGUGGUGAACAUGACUUGAACUGAAAUGAUUGAUAAUAUGACCGUCAGAGUCACAUUUUGAUUCAACAUUACACAAAAAAUUCGAAAAUGGCCACUGCUGCACAAUCAAGCGGUCAAUUGGGUAAUGCAAAUCAAACACAACUUCCACAAUCUAAUUCUCAAAUGACAAACAAAUCUAAAGAACCAGAUGAUCCAGUCUCAAAAGUGAAAUCCUCCAUACCAUUAUUGAGGGAAGUUGUAAUGAGUUUGUUUGAGCAAGCCAGUGUAGUGGUGCAGUUACAAUUAUCUGAAGAACCAGUUAAUACCGGAGAUGGGGAGCUCACAUUGGGACAACAAAAUGCAAAGUUGGCAAAAGCUUUAGAAGAAUUUCAUCAUACUUGUGACAUGAUGGAAUGUAAUAUUAUGGUUGCAAGAACAGCGUUCAUCCAGGCCAAUGAAAGCAAUAUGUUUACAAGCAAUCCAGAUGCAUCAGAAUCAGACAUGUCAACGCAAGUUUACUCUGACUAUCUGUCACAUGUUCGUGCACAAGUGACAGCAACUAAAGAGAUUUAUGAUUUGCUACAUGACUUCAGCAGAAGCGUUAACGACUAAUCAUAUUGAAAUACAUUUAAAGUCAAACAACAAAUGAAAAUUUACACAAUUACAUUUCAUAUAUUGUCAUUACAAGAUUUUGGACAA